CCGGGGACGUGCGGGGCACGGCGGGAGGAUGAGCGCGGCCGUGGAGCCCAGGGUGAAACAGGCGCUGCGGAAGAAGCCGGCGGAGCGGACGCAGGAGGACUUAAAUACUAUCUACUCCUUCCUUCAUGGGCUGGACAUACUCUCCCACUUCAGGGAGCAUCAGCUGAGAAUAAUGUCAUCCAGCGCUCGCUAUGAGAGAUACAAGGGCAACCAAGUUCUCUUUUGUUCAGAAACUAUUGCAAGAUGCUGGUACAUACUGCUUUCUGGAUCUGUGCUCAUGAAGGACUCCAUGUUUUUACCACCUUGCAGUUUUGGCAAGCAGUCUGGAGGAAAACGAGGAUGCGAAUGUAUCAUACUGGAGCCUUCAGAAAUGAUUGUGGUGGAGAACUCCAAAGACAAUGAGGAAAGCAUCCUGCAAAGAGAAGUCCCCCUCCGGCAGUCGCGGCGCAGGUUUAGGAAGAUCAACCAGAGGGGUGAGCGCCAGACCAUCACCGACAACGUGGAUGCCAGCAGCUACCUGUCGCUUCCAGCUGAUCUUACCAAGAUGCAUCUUACAGACAAUCCUCACCCUCAGGUGACUCACGUCCCUUCAAGCCAGUCUGGGUGCAGCAUUGCCAGCGAUUCUGGGAGCAGCAGCCUGUCUGAUAUCUAUCAGGCUACAGAAAGUGAGAUGGGAGAUGUUGAUUUAACAGGUCUUCCUGAAGCACCUGUAGACUCUGAAGAUGAAGAAGAAGAGGAAGAUGAAGAUAUUGACAGAACUUCAGAUCCACUUCUAGGGCGAGAUGUUGUACGAGAGUGCCUUGAGAAAGAGCCUGCAGAUAAAACUGAUGAUGACAUUGAGCAAUUAUUGGAGUUUAUGCAUCAACUCCCUGCCUUCGCAAACAUGACAAUGUCUGUAAGAAGAGAACUUUGCUCAGUGAUGAUAUUUGAAGUAGUGGAGCAAGCGGGAGCCAUCAUACUUGAAGAUGGCCAGGAGCUCGAUUCUUGGUAUGUUAUUUUAAAUGGCACAGUGGAAAUCAGCUAUCCUGAUGGGAAGAGCGAGAGCCUCUGUAUGGGAAAUAGUUUUGGGAUUACUCCCUCUUUGGACAAACAGUACAUGAAUGGAGUGGUCAGAACCAAAGUAGACGACUGUCAGUUUGUGUGUAUAGCCCAGCAAGACUACUGGAGAAUUCUGAACCACGUGGAAAAAAACACUCAUAAAGUUGAGGAAGAAGGAGAGAUUGUUAUGGUAAAGGAACACAGGGAGCUGGAUCGCAGUGGAACCAGAAAAGGACACAUUGUUAUCAAGGCGACACCUGAGCGGCUCAUCAUGCACUUGAUAGAAGAGCAUUCUAUUGUGGAUCCAACUUACAUCGAAGAUUUCCUUUUAACGUACCGAACGUUUCUAACGAGCCCCUUGGAAGUUGGCAAUAAACUCCUGGAGUGGUUCACAGUGGACAGCCUCAGGGAUAAGGUUACCAGAGUGGUUUUACUGUGGGUGAACAAUCAUUUCAAUGACUUUGAAGGUGAUCCUGCUAUGACUCGAUUUCUGGAAGAGUUUGAAAAGAACUUAGAAAAUACGAAAAUGAAGGGACAUCUCAGAUUGCUGAAUAUUGCUUGUGCUGCCAAGGCAAAAUGGAGACAAAUUACCUUGCAAAAGCCUUCUAGAGACUCCCCUCUCUUUUUUAGCCUUCUUGGAGGAAGUGACAAAGGUUUUGGUAUCUUUGUUGAGACUGUGGAAAUUGGCAGUAAAGCUGCAGAAGCUGGACUCAAGCGUGGUGAUCAGAUAAUGGAAGUAAAUGGACAGAACUUUGAGAACAUUACCUUUGCAAAAGCUCUCGAAAUCUUAAGGAACAAUACUCAUCUCUCCAUCACUGUAAAAACAAACAUUUUUGUGUUCAAGGAGCUGCUCUGCAGGAUAGGGCAAGAGAAGAAUGGAAUUCCACAUAUCCCGAAAAUUGCAGAGAAGAAAAACAACCGUUAUUCCAUCCCAGAUAUGCCUGGAGAUGUGGAACAGAUGUUCCCCCGUGAAAAAGGAAACAAGAAAUUGAAAGCAAACACCGUAUCUGGUGGGAGAAACAGAAUCAGGAAAAUUUUAGAUAAGACUCGAUUCAGCAUCUUGCCUCCAAAACUCUUCAGUGAUGGCAGCGUGAGCCAAUCGCAGGACGACAGCAUCGUUGGGACGCGGCAGUGCCGGCACAGCCUGGCCAUCAUGCCUAUUCCUGGGACCCUCUCAUCCAGCAGCCCCGACCUGCUGCAGCCUACAACGAGCAUUCUGGAUUUCUCUAAUCCUUCAGCUGUUGGGUUUUACUAUAUUCCAGACCAAGUAAUAAGAGUUUUCAAAGCAGACCAGCAGAGCUGUUACAUCAUCAUCAGCAAGGACACCACGGCCAAGGAGGUGGUGAGUCACGCCGUCAAUGAGUUCAACCUGACCGGAGCCCCGGACACGUAUUCCCUGUGUGAGGUGUCCGUCAGCCCCGAGGGGGUCAUCAAGCAGCGCCGCCUUCCUGAUCAGUUCUCCAAGCUGGCCGACAGGAUUCAGCUCAAUGGGAGGUAUUAUUUGAAAAACAACAUGGAGACGGAAACCUUAUGCUCAGACGAGGAUGCUCAAGAGCUGCUGAGAGAGAGCCAGAUUUCCCUCCUACAGCUGAGCACCAUUGAGGUGGCCACUCAGCUUUCCAUGAGAGACUUCGAGUUAUUCCGUAACAUUGAGCCUACAGAGUACAUCGAUGACCUUUAUAAGCUGGACUCCAAAACAGGAAAUGCUCACUUGAAGCAGUUUGAGGACGUCAUAAAUCAAGAGACCUUCUGGGUUGCCAUGGAGAUUUUAGCAGAGCCCAACCAACUCAAAAGGAUGAAGAUUAUUAAGCAUUUUAUUAAAAUUGCCCUCCACUGUCGAGAGUGCAAGAACUUCAAUUCCAUGUUUGCAGUUAUAAGUGGGUUAAAUCUGGCUCCCGUGGCACGUCUCAGAGGCACUUGGGAAAAGUUACCAAGCAAGUAUGAGAAGCACCUCAGAGACCUUCAAGAUCUUUUUGAUCCAUCUCGAAACAUGGCGAAGUACCGCAACAUCCUUAGCAGUCAGAGCAUGCAGCCUCCAAUUAUUCCGCUCUUCCCUGUUGUCAAGAAGGAUAUCACAUUUCUACAUGAAGGAAAUGACUCCAAAGUGGACGGCCUGGUAAAUUUCGAGAAGCUCAGGAUGAUUGCCAAAGAAAUCCGCCAAGUGGUGAGGAUGACCUCAGCCAACAUGGAUCCAGCCGUAAUGUUCAGACAAAGGAAGAAGAGGUGGAGAAGUUUGGGGUCUCUCAGCCAGGGCAGCACCAACUCCAACAUGCUGGACGUGCAGGGAGGAGCUCACAAGAAGCGGGCACGGCGCAGCUCACUGCUCAACGCCAAGAAGCUGUACGAGGACGCACAGAUGGCGAGGAAGGUCAAGCAGUACCUCUCCAACCUCAACGUGGAGACGGACGAGGAGAAGAUCCAGAUCCUGUCCCUGCAGUGUGAGCCUGCCUACAGCACCCUGACAAAGAAUUUAAGUGAGAGAAGAGGGGCAAAAUCCUCAGAAAUGUCUCCAGUGCCCAUGAGAUCGAUCGGUCAGACCACUAAGGCCCAUCAGCAGAACAGAAUGAGCCAAGUUCUUCAGGUUCCAUCUGUGAACUUAUACCCCAGCAGGAAGAAGGGGCUGACAAAGGAUCAUGUCACCUUCAGUACAGGCUCACCACAGAAGUCAUUAAGCUUGUCUGAGGAAGUAAGUAGCAAGAAGCAGACAGAUGACACAAUGUCCAUGGCAUCUUCUUUGCACUCCAGCCCCCCAGCUUCUCCUCAGGGCUCUCCACGCAAAGUUGGUAACAUCCCAAGGUCGGAUAACUGCAGUCAGAUGAAUCUCUCUGGGUCUUCCUCGUCCCUCGCCAGUGAAACCAGCAACAAGAACAGCGGGCAGCGCAGCUACGGAAUAGGCUAUGCCCUCAUUCCUUCCACCAAAUCUGACAACUUCUCAGACUCCAGUCACAGUGAGAUUUCCUCCCGCUCCAGCAUCGUCAGCAACUGCUCUGUGGACUCGAUGUCGGCCGCGCUGCAGGACGAGCGCAGCUUGUCACAGUCACUGCUGGUGGUGGACUCAGCAGGGAUGGAACGGAAGGAGCAUUCCCAGGCAGAGUACGGGCAGCCCUGCCCCGGCUGGUCGGUCACCAGGCCCGCUCUGAUCAGAGGGAUGGCCUUCACCUCCUCCAUGAGCAACGAGGAGAUUUCCCACGAGCACAUCACAGUGGAGGCAGCAGACAGCGGCCGGGGCAGCUGGACCUCGUGCUCAAGCAGCUCUCAUGACAACUUCCAGAAUAUCCCAAACCAGAAGAGCUGGGAUCUCCUCAAUUCCUACCGCCACACCCAGCUGGACGGACCCAUCGCCGAGGUUGAUCCCACAAACUGUUACUCAGAGGAGGCCUAUUUAUAUUCCGAAGCCUUUUCCAAAAACAACAGGCAGUCGAAAGCCAGCACGGAGCUCGAUCAGUCUCGGCAGAGCUGGGCCUCCUCGAGCUCCCUGUCAGACACGUACGAGACAAACUAUGGGACCAUUAAACGCAGGGGGCUGGAGAACUCGACGUCAGAGCAGACGGAGGUUUUGGACUCUAAGCCUGGCACUGACACAGCGUACAAAACUGUUACUUCGAGUACAGAGAAAGGCCUGAUAGUGUACUGUGUCACCUCACCUAAGAAGGACGAUAGGUAUAGGGAGCCUCCGCCCACCCCUCCGGGAUAUAUGGGGAUAUCUUUAGCGGACAUAAAGGAAGGAUCGCCCCACCACCCACACCUAAAACCUCCCGACUAUAGUGUGGCAGUGCAGAGGUCAAAGAUGCUGCACAGUGACCUCUCUAGACUCUCGUCAGCCCCUCUCGGGAGCGACCCGGUGGCCUGUAUUGCAUCGAAGAUGCCUCAGUGGCAUAGUCGGCAGCCGUCCGGCCCCCAGCUAGCAGAUAUGCCUGGCGCAGAUAGUGAAGAGGAUGAAGAUGAACAAGUAUCAGCAGUCUAACCAUCGAGCUAUCCACAUAAACCACUUGAAAGCACGAGGGAUGCUGGAAGGAGGACCACAGGAUCCCGUUAGCGACUGCUAACGACUUGCUGCUACUCACCUCACUCAUCGAGUUCGCCUCUGUCACGGAUGGGAUGAACUGUUGGGGUCGUUGCUGUCCCCUCCCUCUGCUCUGCCACAUCCCCGGGGCUGUGUGCCCAGCAGGCAGGGCGCCGGGAGGGCCGUGGGGCAGGAAGAGUUCUGUAGGAUCCCAUCCAUCCCUCAGUAGUUCCCUCCUCGUUAUUUUCUACAUCUAAGAGUGUUGUUUUAUGAACUCGGAAGAAGAAAAAAAAAAAAAAAAAAAAAGUCAGCAAGAACCGAAGGACGUUGCUGCAAUAUCUGAAAAUAAUUUAUUAAUUUAAAUUUCUUUCUUGUUUUGGUUUGGUGUUUUUUUUUGUUGUUGUUGUUGUUUUGGUUUGGUUUUUGGGAUGGGAAUUUCCUUCGUGUCGGGGGCGCUCAGGUUGGCUAACGUCGAACGUGAAACCGCGCGUGAUGGCGCACGAGCGCCGAGUAAAACCCUCGCGCCCUCCAAAAGCUCCAGGCGCGCUCCAGCAGGACGCCAAGGGCAGCGCAGCGCCGCGUGCCGGCCUGGGGAGCGCUGCCAUCUGCUGGCCCUGCCUCCCAGCACAGCACGCUGCAUGCUGCUGGAUGUUCUUCAGCCGCCGGCCGAUGAGUGGCGUCGCCGGUGUUCUCCUCCCCUGCUAAGCAGCCGUUUGAGAAGCGGCAGCUGCCGCUCGCAGCUGCUGGGUGAGUUUGAUGCUUUCCCGGAGGAGCUUUGGCCGGGUUCCAAGUGCAGAGGUGCUGCUGGCAGCCCAAACCCAGCCGCGUGCUGUGGGUUUGCAGCUCAGCCCACGCGUCCCGGCCCUCUGCCAGAGCUGCUGCAGGAUUCAGGGGCAAAGGUUAGAAAAGAAAUAGGUAGAGAAACAAAACUGCCUUCCUUUCACGUUAAAGUGACUGAAACCGAAUGUUAGGCGACUGCAUGGGAACUGUUAGGUCACAGCCCGAGCCAGUGAUUGAGCACCUGGUGGAGGGGUGUAGGCAGCCCUGCGAGCACAGGUGGCAGCGAUCCCAGGGGCCCCCCAGGGUGCAGCCCUCGCCAACCUCAUAUGAGCACUGGCAGGGGCAGGGGAAGGAUCUCUGCUAGGAAAUGGCCUCCUUUGGAGCGUCGGGUGAGCCCUGGUUCUCGGAAUGGGGUAAGAAUGGGGGCUUUUUCUUUGUUGCCAGAUUGUGAGUGCUGCCUUUCUUGGGCGAUCUGAAGCUGGUUUAAAGCAGCUGCAUCUGCUGCCUCCUGUCCUUACAGAUGGCGUAACGUUUAGGUGUGGGUACAGUGUGUUUUGUGGGGGUUGGUGCUCCUUUGGAAAAUAGAGGUGAUCUCCAAUGUGCUGUUCUAAACCUUAAGUAGGAGCCCUGAAGCUGCUGGUGCCCCUGAAGGCCCUGACUUACACACAGCCCCUGUAGCUUCUGUCUGGUGAUGGUUGAGUAGGUGACAAUUUGCUUUGGUUUUGUGUAGCUAACCGGAGCGCACAGGGUUAAAACUGGAAAUACCUGCCUUUUCCUUUCCUUCUAGCACACGAUGCCCCAUUCUAGUGUUAAUUGGACAUGAAUGUGUGAAUAAUACGUAUUUAAACAUUUAAUUGUAAAUCUUUGUUGUGAUGUUUACAGCCUAAGCUAGAAAGAAGAUGUUUGUCAUUUUUACAGUGCCUCAGAAAUGAUUUCUAUAUCCAUAGUUGUGAAGAGCUUUAAGAUUAUUAUUUUGUUUUUCCCCUGUAUGUGUGCGGGGGGGGUGCGAGGUGAGUGCUGUGUCACAACCAGAAACACCCCAAAGCCUCUGAUGUGCUGUCCCCAUAGUGAUGCUGGUGCUGUGAGCAGAGAUGGGGCUGCCCUCUGUCACCUCAUAGCACGAGCAUCCAAGGAGCGGGUAGCUGGGAAAUGGUCUUAAAUCACAUGAGGUAUAGCUUAACACAAAAGCAUUUUGCUUUUUCGAGGCCUUAAUGAGCACCACGAACCUGCACGGGCCUUAAUGAACGAAGGUUAAUGUGAGCCUCAGAUCGCUGCAGGGUAGGGUAGUUCCUUCCAGCACAGCCGUGUUGGUAACGGAGCUGUUAGACUGAUGUGUGGGGAUGGGAUCUGAACCCCGGCCGUCCCACUGCGCUGCUGUUUGCCUUCCGUGUGCAGUCCCAGCAGUGCUGGGUGAGCCACCUGUGCUGGCCAUUGCUGCAGCCAUUGAACAAAGGUUGGGGGAUAAGGGCUGCUGAGACUCCCGUGUCCCUGUGCUGCUCCGGGUGGCCGCAGGUGACAAACCUGUCGGUCUGGGCACUGACAAACUCCUCGAGCCAGUGAAAGGCUGCUCCCCUUGUUCCCUGGCAUCCAAUACAGCCAGUGUAAAUAAAUCACGCGCCGACUAUCGGCACGUGAGCUGCCCCUCCCGCUUCUCCUGAGCGCACGGUGGUUUGCCCUCCGCUCGUCCUUGCCGUGGUUCCUUCUGUUUGUCCGUUUUAAAACGAACCGAUCACAUUGAUCGGGGCCGAUAGCCAGGUGUGCUGUGUCCACUGUGGGUUUGAAGAGACAUUAUCCCUUUUUUUCCACAAAGUGAGGUGCAAAUAGGACCCCAGCCAGGUCCUACUGCUGCCCUCCAGCAGCGUCCUUUACCCCCAGCCCUUCCUAAAGAGCAAUGAAGCGCUGAGAACUUCAGCAGUCCUCUGCAGCAGCAGAAAGGGGGCAGUAAGUGAGCCCUGAGCUGUGGUCCCUCCUCUCCUGGUGCAAAGCAUGGCACGGAGCUGUGUGCAGGCUGUCCCUGUGGCUCAGCCUGUCCCAUGUGGGGAAGGGAUGCUGGCGUGGCAGUUCUCAUAAAGCAUUUGGGUUAGAAUUAAUUUAAGGAUAAGCUUCCCACUGCCUGUGCAAGAGCAGAGGAAAACAGGGAUACUCUCUCUUUAGAAAAGCUUGACACGUUGUAUUUUAGAACGCUUGUAUAGAGGGUAAUCUACCUUGAAUUCCCAAUCCAGCUUUUGCUUACGUUGUGCUUUUUAUUGUUUUAUCUUUAUUUUUGAUAUACCUGGAAUGCAGUUUAGCUUGGUAUUAAUUAAAUUCUAACUAUGUGAGCAUAUUGGCAAAACUGCACAGAUGUAAUGAUAUUCCAAUAGCAAUUGUACUGCACAAGUCAGUGAUUGUAAAGUAUUCUGUAACAAGCAAUGUUUGUCUCCUAUUUUUUGAUACCUCUUACACUUAUGUCUUUUAGAAAGACAGUGCCUCUGUAUGCUUUUUUGUAUUUUUACUGAGUGAUUGUAAAUAUUUGUUAUAUUUUUGGUUAAGAGAAUGUUUAAAAGUACUGUUUAUUAUCCAAUCUAUUAAUAUGUUGGAAUCAAUAAACAAUCUACAUCCAGAA